UGUCUCUUUAUUGAUUUCACUCUGAAGGAGUCAUAUAAAUGUUCUCACUUUUGUCAAUUGCCGUGACUUCUAAAUAAGUGUAAGGUGUCGACCUACAAUAACUGUGUCAGUAUUCCUAGACUUUUAGGAAUAUCUUAUCUGGAAAUGAGUAAUACUCUUUGGGAAGUAAUAUUUUAAAGAAGUAAAAUGUUGAACGAUAAUAGUAAAUCUUUUGUUGAAUCCUCACCCUUGAUCACCGAUGUUCCAAAAGAUCUAACAACAUCAAGUCCAUUAGAAUCAAGUAAACCAUCCUCUUCAGAGAGACAGCCGACCUACGCCACGUCCGGAUCGUAUGUUGCAAGACCAAAUCAGGUGUCGACUGUACUUCUACACGGAGUACCCAUUGUUAGCCUGUACAUUGACGGGAAAGAGAGGCUGUGUCUGGCCCAGAUCUCUAACACUCUGCUGAAACAGUACAGCUACAACGAAAUCCACAACAGAAGGGUCGCCCUCGGUAUAACGUGUGUCCAAUGUACACCGGUACAACUGGAAAUAUUGAGGCGGGCUGGUGCAAUGCCAAUUUCUUCCCGCCGUUGUGGAAUGAUCACCAUGCGAGAGGCUGAGAGAUUGGUCAAAUCUUUCCUAGAAGAAAAUCUCCCCCCGAAGCUCCCCGAAAACUUUUCUUUUCAUGUAAAACAUGAAUGUGGAUGGGGAUGCGAGGGCUUCUUCGAACCUUCUCGUUAUAAUAGUUCCAGGGCAAAAUGCAUUAAAUGCAAAAUUUGCAAUAUGUAUUUUUCUCCCAAUAAAUUUAUAUUUCAUUUUCAUCGCACACAAGAAGCAAAGUAUAGCCAUCCAGAUGCAGCUAAUUUCAAUUCUUGGAGGAGGCAUUUGAAGCUUUAUAGUACGUCUGAUGAAGGGAUAGUCCAUGCAUGGGAAGAUGUAAAGGCCAUGUUUAAUGGCGGCAGUAGGAAAAGAAUUCUCUCUACCGAGUCUAGCCCAACGUACAAUGCGCGCGGAGACGACCAACACAAAAAACCAAAGCUGUCGUCUGUUGACUUAGACAUCCAAAAGGAAGUUUUUCAGUCCCCGUAUCCACCCUUCAGCCUCCUACCCCAACAGAGGAAAUCAUUUCAAUUUUCACCAGUUAACCAGUCGCCACCCACCACGUUUGCUCUGCCAUUUGGUAAGGAAUGUAUGACUGAUGUAAAUAAGGCCUCCCCAAUUCGCCCGCCGACGUGGCCUGGACUUCACGGCAUGUUUCCUACCUACAACCUUUUAUGGAACAACCCUUUUGUGCAGAGUUUUCGAAAUGAUUUUCGUGAGUCGAUGAUGACUUUCAAAGGUAACAUAAGUAGAAGGAAAGAAGAAAAUUACAACGACGAUGAGUCGUCUUCGUCGGCCGGAAACAGUCCUCGUUACGAUGACUCGAAUGAAAGAUUCUCAGCUUUCCGACUUGUUAAUCAGAACACACGAAAAGAUUCUGUAAACUCACCGAGAACUGAUUCAAAUGACUCGGAGGAUGAAAGUGAAGAAAUAAAUAUUACCGACUUCGUAAAUGGCGAGUCUAAUGAAGAAGAAAGGGAUCUUCACAGCAAGCUCGAGGACAAGGUUAAAGAAGAUACCCAUGAAAAGAAAGUUUUGAACAAAAUUAUCACCGAUGGAGAGGAUCUCUCUAAGACGGAUACAGAAAUGAAACGGGUGGACAACAAUAAAGAAAUCUCAAAUGUUGGUAUAAUCAACGUUGAUCCUAUUCUGCCAUCUUGUAAUAGAGAAUCGCCACCCCUGCCAGUGUCUGCGAUGGAAAUGACUAAAGAGGAAAUACAAAGAGAAGUACAAGCUGAAAUGGAAAUCAGGAAACAAAUGGAAAAGGAAAUCCAAGCCCUCAAAGAGGCUUUGACAAAUGAACUGGAACAAGAAAGACAAGUUAGAUUUUCCUUGCAACAAAAAUUAAAAGAAGCCCAUGAUGCUCUGCAUAAUUUCUCUUGCAAAAUGCUGGCAUCCAGAAAAUGUGACGAGUGUGAAUUCAAGGACAAUGACAAUCCAGUAGAAUCUAAGAAGGACUCUUAGAUUUUCCUAUCUUGUCGUCCCAGUGUACAAUAUCUGAAAUCCUUAAUCACUUUAAUGUAUAUUAAAUUGAUUUAUCAAUAAAUCGUCAUAUAUCCACAUUGACUUUAUAGCAUGUAUGUAUCUAUAUGCUGUGAUCAAAUAACUUCAGAGUAAAUUCAGUCUGAUAUUUAUAAAUAGGACUCCUUUUUGUUAGUUUUUUUUUCAGAAAGUUAAGAUAAAAUAUCAAAUUAAAUAGUUCAUUGCUUUAAACUUGUUAAUUCAUCUUUUGCGAAUCAUUCUUGUCAGGUAUUUUGAAGUUUGCCUCUAUGUAUGUUGUGGAUGUUA